AUGUCUAAAGAAGUUGUAAUAAUAUUUUUUUUAUUUGAAAGAGAUCUAUAUCAGCACAUGAAAAUAUAAUAAAGUAUACAAAACUAUAGACCUAAAGAAAGUAAUUCAAUUUUAUAAAAUAGUUAUGCAAAUAUUUCCAAGUUUUGGCCAGAAAAUGAUUAUCAUGAUAAAGAAACUCUCUAUUUUCAAAUAAAAUCUCUCAAAGAAGAAAUUAAUUUCAUUAGAGCUGAAAAUAUUAAGUUAAAAACUCGAAUUUUAUAAUAAGAUGUAUUUUAUAUGUUAAAUUGAUAGAAAGAACUUUAAAAUUUUGAUAAAUAUAUAGAAGAACUGUAAAUUAAGCAUAAUCCUUUAGCUAAAAAUAAUGAGUACAUUAUUUAAUAGAUCAAAAAAUAAAAUAAAGAUUUAUAAUUAUAGUUAUAAGAGAAAUUAUAUUUAAUAGAACAAAUGAAAAAAAAUACUAAAGUUACAAAAGUACAAGAAUUAAAGAUAGAAAAUUAAUUAUUUAAAGAAGAGAUUAAAAAGUUGAAAAAAUUGAUACAAGAUUAAGAAAAAAGCACUCAAGAGUAUUAAAAUAAUAUCUAUAUCAAGAUAUCAAAACUAAUUAUAUAUGAUAAAAGAUAAUUUUUAAAAAACACAAUAAGGUUUUAUCAAAUAGUAAAUAGAAAUAAAUAAUUUGAAAUAAAAAUAAUAAAAUGAUAAUUAGAAAAUUAUAUAAUUGCAAGUAUUUUUUUUAAGUUUGAUUAGAAUGAAGUUUCAAAAUUAUCUUAGAUUAAAAUUAAUUUAGAAGAUAAAAUGUAGAGAAUAACAACAGAAUAAAAUAAAAAAAGUUCUACAAAUUCUUUUAAAAGUAAUAAAUUUUAAGCAACAACUGAAUUAUCAUCCACCUAAUUAAGAUCAAAAACUCAAGAGGAACUUUAAUAUAAAUUAAUAAUAAGAGGUAUCACAUAUGAAUAAUUUACUUAAAUGAUUUAAGAAUUAAAAUAGCAAGCUAUAGAUUUAAAAAAAGAAAUUGAGAAAGAGGAUAUUGAAUAUAUAUUAAGUUAAGAACCCUUUACUUUAGGUGAAGAUAGAAUAUAAGAAGUUGUUAAAUCAUUAUCAGCUUAUGGAAAUAAAUUAGCAGAUUCUUUAUUGAAUUAAAUUGGAAAAUAUAAAACAUUUCUAGAUUAUCCUGAUUUUAAAAUUGAGGAAGCUGAAAAAGUGAUUAAACAAACACUAAAAUAACCAGAAAUAGCUGAAUAUAUUUAAACAAAACAACUUUAAAUCUGGAAUAAAGAAGAGGUUUUAUAAAUGAUAAAAUAUUUGAAGAUUACUUGGAGUGAAUCUGUUUUAUUGUUUUAUAUCUUAAAUGUAUUAUGUUCAUUAUAUUUUUUAGUUAUUUGAAAAAUCUGGUUAAAUACUUGAUUUUAAGAGUGAUUCAAUUAUAGACCCUUUUCUAUAAUUAGUACAGAAAGAGUCUUCAAGAAUAUUAGAAGAAAGUGAUGAAGAUUUAUUUGAUUAAUAAUCAGAUCCAUCUUAGAAUAUGAUAAUUUAAGAUACUGAUUAAUAUAUAACAUGA